AUGAAUGUUCUCCCACCAGUGUACAGUACAGGUAUAAACAGUGUCUCCUCUCUGUCCCCAACAGUGUCCAGGCUGCACUGUGAGAGCGAGUCCUUCAAGAUGGACCUCAUCCUUGACAUAAACUCCAUGAUCUAUCCCAUGGACUUUGGUGACAAGUUCCGGCUGGUGUUGGCGACGACACUCCGGGAGGAUGGCUACCCGACCGACGGCCCUGAGUACAACCCUUUGGAGACGGGACCCAGCCGAGCCGACCCCUUCGACUACGUCAUGUACGGCAAGAUCUACCGUAUUGAGGGUGACGAUGGACUACUGGAGACCUCCGGCAGGCUUUCGGCAUACGUGUCAUAUGGUGGUCUGCUGAUGAGGCUCCAAGGAGAUGCCAAUAACCUUCAUGGCUUUGAGGUGGACAAACACAUCUACCUCUUGAUGAAGAAGCUCGCCUACUGAUCAUCAGUACAGUUACUUAAAAAUAGCAAAGAAUUUGUAAUUUGUUUUAUUUUUUUGUGAUUUUGGCAUAUUUGCCCAGCCCUGAAAAUUUGCUUAAUGAGUUUUAUGUGUACCUAUGUAAAAGUUCUGUACCUGUAUGUAUACCAACAAGUUUUUCUGACAUGCAUUACUUUAUUUUACUUCUGUCAUUUUAUUAUUCUGAAAUCCACUCCAGUCAUUCAACUCAUCAUACACAAAGUUUAUUCAAACAGAUAAACAAGAUUUUGUAUUAAAAAAAUCAUUUUCUGAAUCGAGGAGAUAAAUAUUUGUACAAGUUUUCUUAAUAAAAAGUAUAUUGAUAAUGAUUA